AUGACAGAGUCUGAUCAAAAGAAAAUUCAUACUUUACUUCGCGAACUACAAAGUUUAAUUAAAAAUGCGCAGGAACAAUGGGGUAUUUCAUUAACAGGGCAGGGGACUGUUAAUGACAAGCUUAAAACGGUUGCUCCUGUUGCUAAUGCCGUUCAUCCGCUUGGGCCUAUUAAUAUAGUCGGAUUAUCUACAGAAUUCUCGCAAAAAAUUGCUUUGAUACGUUCAACAAUAUCUAAUUUUCGAAAUACAACUGUACAAGAUAUAUCGCUCAAUUUGAGUACUGGAACUGAUUCAUUAUUAAAAAGAUAUCAAUUGGCUUUACAGGAAGAAUCAGUUCGUCUCAAUACGGUUUCUGAAGUUCGAGAAAAUAUCAAGAUCUGUAAAGAAUUAGCUUUAGAUACAUGUCAAAAUAGUCAGGACACGUUUAAAUUCGUAAUUCAACAGACGAGUGAUUUUGGUAAACAACUUGGACUUAAGGUGUGGGAAGCAGAAAAAAGUCAUGGUUCUACACUUACUUUAUCGAUAAGUGGAUCUAUUAGUGUAGUGGACAUCAAAUUUGAUGAGACAGCACAUAAAAUAGUUCAAGUCACAAUUACUUACACAUACACACCUAAAGAUGACGAUCGCAUUGAUAAUCUGCUGACACUACAACUGAGUUCUGCUUUGGGUGGUGAUAUCCAAAAAAUUUUAACUAAUGGGCAUGGAAUCCCAUUGUUUCAUGUGGAGCGAGUUGGUCCUUCUAUUGCUUAUUGGGCGCUCAAAUCUCGCAUUUGUGAAACAGAUUGGAAUAAUGUUAAAGAUAUUGUCGCGAAAGGUGACAAUUGUGAGAGUCUCAGUUCAUUCUAUCAACUAUGGAUUAUGAUGGAAGAGUCUCGAUCAAGAAAUACUUUUCUUCCAAUCGAGAGAAAUCAUUAUUUAAUUGAAGAAAGUGAUAAUGUAUUUGAGUUGUUAGAAAGUUAUGACUUUAUGCCCCAAGAAUUUACAUUUCCACUGCUUCCAACACCAUUGAAGUUCAUACAGCAGCCAAAAGAUGGAUCACAUACGUCUGCAAACAUACAAUUUGUUUUACGGCUUUGUCCACCAGUAUACAUUUCUGACACAGUGGCCAAAGAAAUUGAAGAUUUAAUUUGUUUUUUUAUGCCAGGAUUUUUUGGGAGCAGAAUCACGACAGAUGAUCCCAAUAGUUUAUCUUUGGAAGAACUCUUGAUAUCAGACAUAGUUCCACCAGUUAAAAUGGCUCAUGGGUCAGCUAUGAUGAAUAUUAGUUGUGAAAAAAAAUUUGAAGAUUCUCCCUAUUCUCACAUAUAUAUUUUAGAUACCAAAAAAACGAAUGCUAAAAAAAUUGAGCGUAUUCCUUUCAUUUAUCCUUUUCAAAUUUAUAGUUUUACUGAGAUAUUACGACAACAACUUGUUUAUAAUGCUCUAUUUCAAAGUUGUUUUAAUUCUUCCACUGAUUAUUCACAGAAACAAUCAUCUACUACCAUUUUCGAAGUUCAAAUUAAAGUUCAAGCAACAAAUCCACCUCAUUCAUUAUCUGUAUCAUUUCAGUUACCAAAUGUUAUGACAGAUAUCUUACUACAGAUUACUAUUAUACGAGUAAAUUCUGAGCCUAUUGUUUUUUCUCCAAAUCCACUUUGGGAAGAUAAAGGUAACACUAAUGACACUACUUCAGUUUUGACUAGGAUAUUACAAUUAUGUCAUGAUAUACCUGAGUUAGUAAAAUGGAUACUCAAAUCAUCGGUUGAUAAUUUUAAAUCGGUUAAAGAGGAAGAGUUAAUAAUCAAAGAGGAAGAAUUAAUGGAACUUUGA